AUGGUGACAUCGUUGACGAUUAUAUUUCUCAUCGUAACUUCGCCAGAUAUAUUGUCGGAGAGUCCUUCUAGCGCCAUUUGGAGAAAUUUCCCUCGCAGAGUUAAGGGAAUGUUAGAGCAGCAAAUACCACUUUUGAAAGGAAGGAUGACAGAAAGGUCGGCUGCUGCCUUCGUUUUGAUUCUUUCCAUUGUUUGUGUUCGUAGCUUAAAUACACAGAAACAUUCUACGGAUUCGAUACAAACGUUGUCUUCAUGCCGGAUUGAGUAUGAAAUUCUAAAGAAAUACUACGAACUAGGGUUCGAAGACGGUUCCGGCGGCAACAGUCGUGGAGCUUCAAUGAUCCUGCAGAACGAUUCCAACGCCAAAGAGAUUGUUUCAUCCUUUGACUCGGAGAUCGUUGAUUCGAGUCUUUUGGAAAAGUUUGCAAGCAUAUCCAGAUUUGCAUCUAUCGUUUACCUUUAUCAAUCAAUCGCGGAAUUGGGGAUCGAUCAAACUACAGAUCUCUUUUCCUUUGGUCAACUUGCCGCAAAUUUGCAGCACCAUACAAAACUAUGGAAAAAGUGCGUUCUGUCGCUUUGUUUGUAUAAUAUACUUAGGGAUUAUUUGUAG